AUGUCCAAGACCUUUACUCGCGACGAGGUCGCCAAGCACACCACCGAAGACGACGUGUGGUUCAUCAUCGAUAGCAAAGUCUACGAUGUCUCCGACUUCCUCGAUGCUCACCCCGGUGGUGAAGCCGUCCUCCGCCAGGUUGCUGGAACUGACGCAACCGUUUCUUUCUACAACCUCCACCGACACGAGGUCCUUACCAAGUACGAAGAUCUCGCCGUAGGCACUGUACAAGGCGAGAAGCCCUCCGUGGUCACGCCGCAACCCGGUGACUUGAGCCCCGUUCCUUACGCCGAGCCCCUCUGGCUCUCACCCGUCUUCAAGAGCCCAUACUACAAUGAGUCGCACAGGCGGUUGCAGAAGGCUAUGCGUGUGUUCCAGGACAAGUACAUCACACCAGAGGCCCUGCUAAGGGAGGCCGAUGGAAAGUACAUCUCGCAAGAGCUGAUCGACCGCAUGUCCAAGGCGGGUAUCCUGCACAUGCGUCUUGGUCCCGGCAAGCAUUUGCACGGUGUCGAUUUGCUCGACGGUGCUGUCAAGGGUGACGAGUUUGACUACUUCCAUGACCUGAUCAUGGGCCAGGAGGGUUCGAGAGCCAACGCACGCGGCUUCCAAGAUGGAAACAUGGCCGGCAUGGUCAUCGGGCUGCCUUGUGUCAUGAACUACAUGAAGGACGAAAAGCGUAAGAAGGCAAUUAUGGACGAAGUCUUCAGCGGCAAGAAGAAGAUGUGUCUCGCCAUCACAGAAGCAUUUGCCGGUUCUGAUGUUGCUGGUUUGAGAACAACAGCUGUCAAGACGCCCGAUGGCAAGCACUACAUCGUUAACGGAACGAAGAAGUGGAUCACCAACGGUGUUUUCUCCGACUACUUCGUCACUGGUGUCAAGACUGACAAGGGUUUGAGCGUCCUGCUGAUUCCCCGUUGCGAGGGUGUUGAGACCAAGCUCAUCAAAACCUCGUACUCCACCGUCGCCGGUACGACUUACAUCACAUACGAUAAUGUCAAGGUGCCUGUCGAGAACCUGCUCGGCGAGGAGAACAAGGGCAUUUACGUCAUUCUGUCCAACUUCAACCACGAGCGAUGGACCAUGGUUUGUGGUUCCGUCCGCAACCAAAGGACAGUUGUCGAGGAGUGCCUCAAGUGGGCUCAUCAGCGCAUCGUUUUCGGCAAGCGCCUGAUCGACCAACCAGUCAUUCGCCAGAAGUUGGCUAAGAUGAUCGCCUUGGUCGAGUCUCACCAAUCAUGGCUCGAGACCAUCACAUACCAAAUGUGCAACAUGCCCUACAAGCAGCAAGCACAGUUCUUGGGCGGCCCUAUCGGUCUCUUGAAGAUGUCCACAACGAGAGCCGCCCACGAGGUCGCCGAUGAAGCUGUACAGAUAUUCGGUGGCCGUGGACUGACACAGUCAGGAAUGGGACGAGUGAUCGAGAUGUUCCACAGGACAUACAAGUUCGAUUCCAUUUUGGGUGGUGCCGAGGAGGUUCUUGGCGAUCUUGGCGUAAGGCAAGCCAUGAAGGAGAUGCCAAAUGCUAAGUUAUAA